AUGACUUCUUUGAUUCUCAGGCGAACCAUGGCAACUGGAAGACAUUUUGUAAGUUUUCUCUUACCAAAAUUAAAUUUGAAAAAAAAAUCAGGAAAACUUCAGAUCGCAGUAUGUCAAAUGACAAGUGAUCAUGAUUUAUCAAAGAAUUUUGAAACUGCAAAGAAAAUGAUUGAAAGAGCUGGAGAGAAAAAAUGCGAAAUGGUAUUCUUCCCGGAAUGUUUUGAUUAUAUUGGGAGAGAUAAAAAAGAGACGAUUGAAUUGGCGAUGAGUGAGAAAUCUGAGUUCAUUCAACAAUAUCGACAACUUGCCAAGAAGCAUAAUUUAUGGUUGUCUUUGGGAGGAUUACAUCAUGCGGUAAGAUUUUGAUCAGUUUUUGAGGGGAAAAAUUUGAAGAGAUCGAGCAUAUUUUCUAUAAAUCGAAUAAAAAAUGCGGGAAAUUUUGAAAUUCGCUGAUUUCCCAAAGCUGUUUUUAUUCUUCCCAAUGAAUCAUUCUUUGCCCAAAUUUAAUUCUCAAAUAUUUUUGGGAAAAUGUGAAAAUGUUUGGGAAACUUGAAAUAAGAUUGGAUAUAUUAUUUAAUUGCUCGAAAGAUUCCAAAAAAGAUUAUAUUAUUUGGUUUUAAAACGUCAUUUCAAAAUACGUUUCAAAAUUUCCUCUUGAAGAGCUCGACAUAUAUUUUCUCGCUCCACAAGUCGAAAUUGGGAUUCCUAAAAAUCGAUAAAUUCAGGAAAAUAUUUAAGAUUAAAUUAAAUUUCUCCAAUUUUUUUCGCCUAACUUCACUGUUUUCACUUUCCAAUUUUUGAAGCUGAAAAUGACCCCCUCCAACGUUACAUUUUUUGAUGUGCACAGUCUUUCAAAAUAUCUAGAUCUUAAUUACUGAUCAUUGAACAUCAAUUGAUCCAAAUUUUAGAGCUUUUUUUCCGAAAUCAGUUCUCAAACUUCCCAAGGAAUUAAUUGUUCGAAACUCGUUUUGAUAUUGUUUUCAAAUUUUGGAUCUCAGAGAACAUAAUUUUUGAAAAUUUGGGAUAACAUUUCAAAAAUCUUCCCUCCAUUCUAAAAAUUGCUCAUUUUCAUUUUUCCUACAACCAAAAUUUUUGCAGGAUCCAAAUGACUCCACCCGCCCAUGGAAUUCUCACCUAGUAAUCGAUUCAAACGGCGAAACUCGCGCUGAUUAUCGAAAACUUCAUCUUUUCGAUCUCGAAAUCCCCGGAAAACUUCGUUUGAUGGAAAGUGAAUUCAGUAAAUCUGGAGAUCAAAUGAUUGCACCAAUUGAUACACCAAUUGGAAAAUUGGGAUUAUCGAUUUGUUAUGAUGUGAGAUUUGCUGAAUUGGCGCUUUUUAAUCGAAAACGAGGUGCACAAGUAUUAUCAUAUCCAUCUGCUUUUACUUUGAAUACUGGAUUAGCACAUUGGGAGGUGAGAUUUUCUGGUGAAAUUUUGCAAAAAACAAAUGAAAUUCAGACUCUUCUACGCGCUCGAGCUAUUGAAACUCAAUGUUAUGUAGUUGCUGCUGCACAAACUGGAAAACACAAUGAAAAACGACAAUCCUAUGGACACGCAAUGAUAAUUGAUCCAUGGGGUGCUGUAAUUGCUCAAUGCUCCGAAAGAGUUGAUAUGGCGUUUGCUGAAAUUGAUCUUGAUUAUGUCGCCGAAUUACGGGAAAUGCAGCCAGUAUUUUCGCAUCGAAGAAAUGAUUUGUAUUCAUUGAAUAUUAAUGAAUUUGAUACAAAUGAUUCAGAGGAUUUGGUUUUUUCAACAUUUCCAAUCAAAUCGUCAACUAUUUUUGUGAAAAGUCAACAUUCUUUUGCAUUUGUUAAUCUGAAACCAGUCACAGAUGGACGUAAGAAUUAUUUUCUCUCAAAUAUGUUUCAAAUAUGGGUUUUCAGAUGUUUUGGUCAGCCCAAAACGUGUCGCUCUUCGUCUCACUGAUCUUUCCGAUGAAGAAACUGCUGAUUUAUUUGUGCUCGCGAAAAAAGUUCAAAAAAUGAUUGAGAAAUUCCAUGGAGUAAAUGCAACUACGAUUUGUGUUCAAGACGGAAAAGAGGCGGGACAAACUGUACCUGUAAGUUUUUUGUCGAAAAAUUUAUCACGAAUCCAAAAAAAUCAAGUUUUUCAGCAUGUUCAUAUUCAUAUUUUACCGCGCAGAGUUGGAGAUUUCGGGGACAAUGAGAUUUAUCAAAAACUUGCCACACACGAUAAGUAAGUUGGGUUUCAAAAAUACAAUUUUCUGAAUAAAAAUUCAAUUUUCAGAGAACCAGAACGUAGACCACGAAAUUUGGAAGAAAUGUCGGCUGAAGCUAAGAAAUAUCGAGAUGCAUUCCAAAAUAAUUUGUAAUUAUUUUUAUUUGAAAAUACUAGUCAUAAAAAUGUUCAUAUGGAAUUAAAAAGAUUAAUUACUGUAUUCAAAAAAGUUUAAGAGAAAUUUUUCUGCACGCGCUAAAAUCUGUGUCUCUCGGAAAUGACAAGAAAAAACAUCGUGUGCAAUUUGGGUUGAAAAUGCCAUUUCACAAUACGUUUCAAAUAAUACCCUUAAGGGUAAUUAUUUCACAAAAGAUGAUGUACCAUAAUCUGGCCACGAUGUAAAUUGAACCUGCUCAACUGUGUGAAAUUUCCCAGUAGUCCUAUUAAAAAUACGACAAGUAAGUUUGGAAAAAUUAACAUUACAAUGGCUCUCAAUUCCUGACAAGAGAAUUCAUGAGCCAAGGGCUCUGGGAAGGACCAACUAGGUUGGCAUCAGGUAUGGAUAGGAUGAAAUCGCGCAAUUGCUUUGAGCUGAUGUUGGGUUUGACCUUUUUGACAAUUUCGUUCCAGACCGGGAUAAUUUUUCCAAAGAAACUGUUAACUGGGCAUAAUUCUGUUAGGCUCCGCUGAAGUGGAAAACGCUGACAAUAUUUCCUGCAAACAAAUGUACAAAGGGAGGGAAAGUGGAUGGACCCUUCAAGAAUCCCUAGGAAAGUAAAGAUCCCCGAGUUUAAACUUCUCCUUUCUGCACUAAAGUAUUCCAAUUUUAACAACCGAUCCUCAUAGGAUUCAUAAGACAUGUUGCAUCUGCGGAAGAUAGAUCUUGAAUAUCUCCGUAAUGGUGAUUCGGCUAAUAAACUCAGCUUUCUAGAUAUCAGAGGACGAUAAAUUUCAGAGCAAUAAUCUAUGAUUGGUGAAAUAUAGGUUUUGUACAAUAAUAAAUAAGUAUUCAGGUGACCGAAUUGAAAUGCCUUCAUGAUUAGACGGGACUUCCAAAUGGCUUUCUGUACCACUGUAUUUACAUGGUGAUCAAAUGAUAGAUUCCGGUCGAUCCAAACCCCGAGGUCUCUUACAACUUCUGAUGCAGCAAUAACCGUGUCGUUCAUUGUGUAAGACACUCUUGGAUUGGUUUUACCAAGAUGUAGCACCGUUGUUUUAUUAGGAGCAAUAGGGAGGUCCCACUUUGAAGACCACAACUGAAUGUUUGUUAGAGCUUCUUGGAGAGCUAUUGGGUCUGAACUAAAAAUCUUUAUGUCAUCUGCAAAAAUCUGUAUUUGAACAUUAUCGGGGAUGACCUUCACGAUAUCAUCUAUGUAGAUGAGAAACAACAAAGGCCCUGUGACCGUUCCUUGUAACACCCCGGACAAUACAUCAAAACACUUAUUUGAGACAAACGAAUUAAUCUUCACAAAAGAUUUCCGAUCACUUAUGAAUGCAUUGAAGAAAUCAACUAGGUCCGAUGGGAUUCCAAAUUUCUCUCGUUUAUUUGAAACGUAUUUUGAUUUGACUCAUUGGACUUUUUUUCCAUAGGCAUAAAGGGUAAACAGUGUCAUUUUAAUGAGUUUUUCAUAUGAUUUACGAAAAAUGGGUCCAUUUUAGAAAACAUUUCUGCAUCUGAAAUUUUUCUAAAGCUCCUGAAAAAAAAACAUUUAUAAUUAGAUGUAGAAUCAAAAUUGCCUCAAUUUCCUCUACAUUAUAAAAUUAUAGAGAAAUAAAAUCUAAAAAAUUUCAGAAGAUUCCAUAUGGUGCCACCGGAUCAAUUUUUCAAAUGUUGGUUUUGAUAGUAUUUUUGUGAAGUUCACAGUUACAGCGAUCCGCAAGAAGUUUUCACCGCGUUCUUUAUAUUGGUUCAAUGGUCUUGGUUGAAACCGAUUGAUUUUCCAAAUAAAAUGGAAUUGAUGCGGAUUGGAAAAGUUAUUGUAGAACCACCAAUUUCUUAUUAUUUAUUGAUCAAUAAUAAUGUAGAGAUACAAAUAUCAAAGGAGAGACACAUUGAAAGCUGGAAAAUAAAAGAGAUGACGGUUGAAACAAGCUCUCUUAUCGAUCAAAACAUAACUAGUGCAGCACCACCAUUAAGCCCAUCAAACCAAGUGAGUUAACUUAUUUUUUUAUGAAUCUAGUUGUUGAUAUAAUACGCGUUUUUGCUCGAGGAUGGCAAACGCAUUACAUUUUUCAUAUAAAUAACAAAUAUUAUUUCAGCCUUAUGUCCAACUUGUCGACUACGAAGCAAUUUUUGUACAAAUCGAGUUCUUCAAGGAUAUUAUUUGA